AUGAGCAUGAAUUGCCUUAAUUGCAACUCCACGAAGAGUAAUUUGUCCGACUCUGAGAAGGAAUAUGACAUCAGCACAAAUCCUACCAGGAAACGUAGUUUUGCAAAGAUUGAGAGGUUCUGGUCGGGGACCAUUCCUCCACCGCCCUACGGCUACGAGAAAAUGCGAAGUGGGUUUGGAAAUCCGGUAGAGAAGAAGGUAAAGACGGGACAUCUUCGAAAUAUUAGUGAAGGAUCUGUUGCAUUCGAAGGCAGCAGGGAGCCCAGGUUGGUGAGGAGCAGUGGAAUGAGAAGGGAUUGGAGCUUGGAGGAUCUGAGAAAGGCGGAAGACAAGAAAGGGAGAAAUUCUUGA